GAAAUCACAGUGCCGACUUCACUUCAGUCAAGCCUUUUCCGUUUCUAGUUUUGCAACAUGGUUCACGCAGCGCUUGCACCUCCCCAGAACAGCGUACAGAAGCUGGAAGAAGUUCAACAUCAGCCUCUGCCUCUGCAUGAUGUGCGCACGCCAUUUGAAACGGCCACCUUCGGCAUGGGUUGUUUCUGGGGAUGUGAUUCCCUGUUUGGCGCCACGAAAGGGGUACUGCGAACUCGUGUCGGCUACGCUGGCGGUACAACCGAGGCUCCAACAUACAAAAAAAUGGGUGACCAUACGGAGGUGAUUGCAAUCGAUUACGAUCCGAAACAAAUUACGUACAAAGAUCUAUUGAAGUUGUUCUGGAACAACCACGAGUACGGAAUAACCGCACGCAUGAAGCGGCAGUAUGCCAGUUUAAUCUUGUUCCACAAUGAGGAGCAGCGGGAAAUCGCCGAAGCAAGUCUAGCGCAUGAGCAAAUCCAUCGGACUCCGGAGGAGAAAAUUAUCACCGAAGUUGUGCCUGCCGGACCCUUUUAUCCCGCUGAAAACUAUCAUCAAAAGUACCGGUUGCAGGGUCACGUCGAUCUGGCCAAAUCGAUUGGGCUGACCUCGGAUCUAUUGCUAACAUCACAUGUUGCCGCGCGUUUAAAUGGAUACCUGAUCGGCGUUGGAGGACUAGAGCAAUUUGAAUCGGAGGCUGAUCUUCUAGGGCUAAGUAAAGAUCACGUGCAAUAUGUCCGUGAAUACGUCAUCCAGAACGAGGGUGGUGGCAUUUUUUGCUGAGGCAUGGAGGCGGGAUCCUGAUGUUGACUCUAUGAAGUACAAACACCAUUCUUCGGGAAGCCAUCGAUAGAGUGCAAGAUUGAUAAUGUUUUCAUAAAAUGUUGUGAUUUAAAUGUUGAUACGCAAAACAAGAAUUCUUAAGUUUGUGAUUGUGUAAGAAAUGUACGUCUCUAAUAUUGAGACUAUUGGUGAUAGAUUAUAGUAAUUGUUUUCAUGUAGAAAUAAAUUGACCUAAUAAUGUACCGUUUUUCUUUACCUCUUUUGCUAAACAAUUAGAUUCAAGAGCACAGUUUCUUUGAACUGGAUUUUAGAACCCAAUAAAAAUAUAC